AUUUAAAUAACCAUGAGAUAUAAUUUGACGUCCCUGAAGGUGAAGGGCGAUGACCCAAAUAGACCAAUCAAUCACUACUUCGACUUUGUAAUACCGUUGAAUCCAUCAAGAGGGGAUUGAAGAUCCGAGGUAAGACUAAAAUGAUGCAUUCCAGAGUUAGUCAAGGAUCGAAUAGCAGAGCCUAUGGAUCGAGAAUAUCAACUUUGUUGUUCUCAAUGUUCUCUACUUUCGCCUCCAUUUAUGUCGCUGGCAGGUUAUGGCAAGAUUCGGAGAACAGGGUUUAUUUGAUUAAAGAGCUUGACAGGAUAACUGGGCAGGGACAAUCUGCUAUAUCAGUGGAUGAUACAUUGAAAAUAAUAGCCUGCAGGGAGCAACAGAAGAAAUUAUCAGCCCUUGAGAUGGAAUUGGCUACAGCUAAACAGGAGGGUUUUACUUCAAACUUCUUAACACAGAAUCAUGGGACAAAUUCUAAGAAAAGACAUCUAGUAGUGAUAGGAAUACUGACAAGGUUUGACAGAAUGAACAAUAGGGAUGCAAUCCGUAAAGCGUGGAUGGGAACUGGCGUAACAUUAAAGAAACUGGAGAAAGAGAAAGGCAUAGUUUCACGUUUUGUCAUUGGAAGAAGUGCAAAUCGUGGUGACAAUUUGGAGAGGGCAAUUGAAAAUGAAAAUAAGCAUACUAAUGACUUCAUAAUUCUUGAUAACCAUGUGGAGGAAACUGAAGGGCUUCCAAAUAAGGCUAAACUAUUUUUUUCUUAUGCUGUUAAUAAAUGGGAUGCUGAGUUCUAUGCUAAAGUCAAUGACAAUAUCUAUGUUAAUAUUGAUGCUCUUGGAACUACCCUGGCAGCUCAAUUGGACAAGCCUCGUGUUUAUAUUGGUUGUAUGAAGUCCGGUGAAGUUUUCUCUGAACCGAGUCAUAAAUGGUAUGAACCGGAUUGGUGGAAAUUUGGGGAUAAGAAAUCGUACUUUCGCCAUGCUUCAGGUGAGAUGUAUGUCAUAUCACGAGCUUUAGCUAAAUUUAUAUCCAUAAACAGGUCUCUUCUUCGCACCUAUGCGCAUGAUGAUGUUAGUGCUGGAUCCUGGUUUAUUGGGCUUGACGUGAAACAUGUAGAUGAAGGGAAGUUUUGCUGUUCAUCUUGGUUAUCAGGAGCUAUUUGUGCGGGCGUUUGAUUUGCUUUGCCAAAUUCUGAGAAUCAAACAGAAAAUAGAGAAAUGGCCUGAGCAACACCUCUAAAUUGUGGGAAUUUAUAAGCUACUAGCUUCAAUAGUUUAUGUGCCCAUUUUGAAAAUAUGCUUGGUUAGAAAGGAGAUUUGAAAAUCUACAAUAGCUGGAGGCAGACUACUUUUACCAAAUCAUACAAUGAAGAAACGUGGCGUGACUUUGUUCUUGUGAUACAGUUUAACAUAAAUGUUAAUUCUUUCAUUUGUGGGAAUAGAAUCUGAUGUAUGAUUUUCUGUAAGUUAAAAGAGAGAUUUAAUAUCCUAAAGCAAUUAUAUAUGAUAGCAUUUUGCAACUUC